CUUGAGCAUCUGCCGCCAGUGCAGAAAGACCUCCUCAUUCAGUCACACACCAAGAUUGCACUCGACCAGCAACAACAAAGCGACACCUCAAAGUGGUAUGUGACCCUGGUUAAACUCAGCACACUGCGACGUGGUCAUGAGGAUGUGGUGGCCAUGUGGCGAGCGUUUAUGGACAACCUCGGGCCCACCGAUGGAGGUGCACUGGAAAGCGAGGUGGAUGUACGUCUGAAUAGCAGCCUGCAGUACUGCGGUGGGUUUGACAGUGUAACUGAGAUGUGGUUUAAUUGA